GGUGUGCAUGUGUGUGUGUGAGGGCAUACAUUUUUAUGCAGUGGGUGUUUAAAGAGCUCAGCACUGAAGCUGGAUUUCCACAAACGAUCAUCAACGAGCACUCCAGAUAUACCAAACUUCCUCUCUUGGAUGGAGGAUGAAGCUGUCCUGGACAGAGGGGCUUCUUUCCUUAAGCAUGUGUGUGAUGAAGAAGAAGUAGAAGGCCACCACACCAUCUACAUUGGGGUCCAUGUGCCGAAGAGCUACAGGAGAAGGAGACGGCACAAGAGAAAGACGGGACACAAAGAAAAGAAGGAAAAGGAAAGAGUCUCUGAGAACUACUCAGACAAGUCUGACGUGGAAAACGCCGAUGAGUCCGGCAGCAGCAUCCUCAAGCCGCUCAUCUCUCCCGCCGCAGAGCGAAUCCGAUUCAUCUUGGGCGAGGAGGAUGACAGCCCAGCACCCCCUCAGCUCUUCACCGAACUGGAUGAGCUGCUGUCCGUGGAUGGGCAGGAGAUGGAAUGGAAGGAGACAGCGAGGUGGAUUAAAUUUGAAGAAAAAGUGGAAGAGGGUGGGGAGAGAUGGAGCAAGCCCCACGUGGCCACAUUAUCCCUUCACAGCUUAUUUGAGCUGAGGACGUGUAUAGAGAAAGGAUCCAUCAUGCUUGACAGGGAGGCUUCUUCUCUCCCACAGUUGGUGGAUAUGAUUGUUGACCAUCAGAUUGAGACCGGCCUUUUGAAACCCGACCUUAAGGAGAAGGUGACCUACACUUUGCUCCGGAAGCAUCGGCAUCAAACCAAGAAAUCCAACCUCCGCUCCCUGGCUGACAUCGGGAAGACGGUCUCCAGUGCAAGUAGAAUGUUUGCCAGCCCUGACAAUGCCCGCAGCCCGCUUGAGAACUCAGUGCCCUGCCUAGCAACCCGCACCCUGGACGAUGACCCUCGAGUGCGGCGUGCUCCCAGCGUGGGAUGGCUGAGUAGCCCAGCCCUGACCCAUAGGAAUCUGACUUCCGCCAGUCUGAAUGACAUUUCUGAUAAACCUGAGAAGGACCAGCUGAAGAACAAGUUCAUGAAAAAACUGCCCCGUGAUGCAGAAGCCUCCAACGUGCUUGUCGGGGAGGUCGACUUCUUGGAUGCGCCUUUCGUUGCCUUUGUUCGGCUGCAGCAGGCAGUCAUGCUGGGUGCCCUGACUGAGGUCCCUGUGCCCACCAGGUUCUUAUUCAUUCUCCUAGGUCCUAAGGGGAAAGGCAAGUCCUACCAUGAGAUUGGCAGAGCCAUUGCCACCUUGAUGUCUGACGAGGUGUUCCAUGACAUUGCUUAUAAAGCAAAAGACAGGCAGGACCUGAUUGCUGGCAUUGAUGAGUUCCUAGAUGAAGUCAUUGUCCUUCCCCCUGGGGAAUGGGAUCCAACGAUCAGGAUAGAGCCUCCUAAGACUCUUCCAUCAUCCGACAAAAGAAAGAACAUGUACUCGGGUGGAGAGAAUGUUCAGAUGAAUGGGGACACUCCCCAUGAUGGCGGCCAUGGAGGAGGAGGAGGACAUGGGGACAGUGAAGAAUUGAAGAAAACUGGACGGUUCUGUGGUGGACUAAUUAAGGACAUAAAGAGGAAAGCACCAUUUUUUGCCAGUGAUUUUUAUGACGCUUUAAAUAUUCAGGCUCUAUCAGCAAUUCUCUUCAUUUAUCUGGCGACUGUAACUAAUGCGAUCACGUUUGGAGGACUGCUUGGGGAUGCCACUGACAACAUGCAGGGCGUGUUGGAGAGCUUCCUGGGCACAGCCGUCUCUGGAGCCAUCUUCUGCCUCUUCGCUGGUCAACCCCUCACUAUUCUGAGCAGCACGGGGCCUGUUCUGGUUUUUGAGAGGCUUCUAUUUAAUUUCAGCAAGGACCAUGAUUUUGACUACUUGGAGUUUCGCCUUUGGAUUGGCCUGUGGUCAGCCUUCCUGUGCUUCAUUUUGGUGGCCACCGAUGCCAGCUUCCUGGUUCAGUACUUUACUCGCUUCACUGAAGAGGGCUUCUCUUCUCUGAUUAGCUUCAUCUUUAUCUACGAUGCUUUCAAGAAGAUGAUCAAGCUAGCCGAUUACUACCCCAUCAACUCUGACUUCAAAGUGGGCUACAAUACUCUCUUUUCCUGUACCUGUAUGCCGCCUGACCCAGUUAAUAUCUCAAUAUCUAAUGACACCACAUUGGCUCCAGAGGAAUUGCCAACUACUGACACGUACUACAAUGCUACCUUUGACUGGGCACUUUUGUCGAAGAAGGAGUGUUUGAAACAUGGAGGCCAGCUCAUGGGGAACAACUGCGAUUUUGUUCCUGAUGUCACACUCAUGUCUUUCAUCCUCUUUUUGGGCACCUACACCACUUCCAUGGCUCUGAAAAAAUUCAAAACCAGUCGCUAUUUUCCAACCAUGGCAAGAAAACUGAUCAGUGAUUUUGCCAUCAUCUUGUCCAUUCUCAUCUUUUGUGUAGCAGAUGCCCUGGUAGGUGUGGAUACUCCAAAAUUAAUUGUGCCAAGUGAGUUCAAGCCAACGAGUCCGAACCGCGGUUGGUUUGUCCCACCAUUUGGAAAAAACCCCUGGUGGGUGUACCUGGCGGCUGCUAUCCCCGCUUUGUUGGUCACCAUUCUCAUUUUCAUGGACCAGCAAAUCACAGCUGUGAUUGUGAACAGGAAGGAGCAUAAACUCAAGAAAGGAGCUGGGUAUCACCUGGAUCUCUUUUGGGUGGCCAUCCUCAUGGUGGUGUGUUCCUUCAUGGCUCUUCCGUGGUACGUGGCUGCGACUGUCAUCUCCAUUGCUCACAUCGACAGUCUGAAGAUGGAGACGGAGACCUCUGCCCCUGGAGAACAGCCCAAGUUUCUUGGAGUGAGGGAACAAAGAGUCACUGGAACCCUUGUGUUUAUUCUGACUGGCCUCUCAGUCUUCAUGGCUCCCAUCUUGAAGUUUAUUCCCAUGCCUGUACUCUAUGGCGUGUUCCUGUAUAUGGGGGUAGCAUCCCUUAAUGGUGUCCAGUUCAUGGAUCGCCUGAAGCUGCUCCUGAUGCCUCUGAAGCAUCAGCCUGACUUUAUCUACCUGCGCCAUGUCCCGCUGCGCAGAGUGCACCUGUUCACCUUCCUGCAGGUGUUGUGUCUAGCCCUGCUCUGGAUCCUCAAGUCAACCGUGGCUGCUAUCAUUUUUCCAGUCAUGAUCUUGGCACUGGUGGCUGUCAGAAAAGGCAUGGACUACCUCUUCUCCCAGCACGACCUCAGCUUCCUCGAUGAUGUCAUUCCAGAAAAGGAAAAGAAAAAGAAGGAAGAUGAGAAGAGAAAGAAAAAGAAGAAAGGAAGUCUGGACAGUGACAUUGAUGAUGAGAAAGAUCACCAACAUUCCUUGAACACCACACAUCAUGCUGAUAAAAUUCCUUUUCUUCAGUCACUGGGUAUGCUCAGUCCUCCUAAAACUCCAGUACAAGGUGUGCCUCAAAUCAGAAUAGAACUUGAGCCGGACGACAAUGAUGAUUACUGGAGGAGCAAGGGAACAGAAACUACAUUGUAACUUGUUUGUCUUUCCUCAAACUAACAGAUUUUGUUGUUCAUGGUCUUGUUUUUUUCCGUCUGGUUGUUUAUUUUUAAUUCUUGUUUUGUUUUGGGUUUUGGUCAUUGGCCAAAUAGUACAGUGCUCUCUCUGCUUCUCCCUAGCGUAAGGUAAAACUAAGACAGUAGUGCACCAUUCCUGAAAAACAGCACCUGAAGAGUCCCCUUUCGUUAUACGUUCAGAUGUAUCCUCUGACAACCAAAUUCCUCUGUCAUGCAAGACACACACAGACCGGUCCUUUUCCUUUCUUAACCAGAAGUCAAAAGUAUUAAGGAUUUUAUAACACCUUUUAUUCAAAUACUGAAGGAACUUACCACUUGAGCUUUGGAGCUGUGCUUACUGGCUUGUCUUUCUGUCUGGCAGAACAAACCUUGAUCUCCAGACAGAGUUUCCUCUCGCUUACGGAGCUCUCCAGAACUGGAAAAGUGCUGCUAUUCUAAUUUGCUCUUGCUUAGGAACCCUAAUCCUAGAAUUCUCAAAAGAAGAACAACUAAAGGUACUUUAUUCCCUGUAGCGAAACUAUUGCCAUCAUUGUAGCAAGUGCUGGAAUGUCCCUUUUUCCUAUGCAACUUUUUUUAACCCUUUAAUGAACUUAUCUGUUGAGUACAUUUGAAGAAUACUUUUCUUCCUAGAUUUUGUUGUUUAAAUUAUGGGGCCUAACCUGCAACUUAUUUUUUUGUCAAUUUUUUAAACUUUUUUUUAAUUACUGUAAAAUAAUGAAUUUUUUCCUGCAGCAGGAAACAUAGUUUUGAGUAGUUCUACCUCUUAUUUGUAGCUGCCAGGCUUUCUGUAAAAAUUGUAUUGUAUAUAAUGUGAUUUUUACACACAUAUACACACUCAUACACACACACACACACACACACACACACAAUCUUUAAGGUAAGCCAGAGGGCUAGAUCAGAGGAAAAACACCAUGUUUCUAACCAUCGAUUUUCCCCUUUCCUUAAAAGAAAUUUAUCUGUUCUGUGAAGGAGAAUGGGGGAGAAGGGAGAAGCUCCUAUGUGAUGGGAAUAACUGAUGCUUUGAUAACAGUACUAUCCAGGCACAGAUGCUAAUUGUAUUAUCAUGUCCAUGUCCUAUGCAGUAUUGUUAGAUUUUGUUUUUUCACUUUGAAAUAUUUGUGUGUUUGUGUAUAUACUCUGUGUGUGGCUGGUGCAUAUAUGUGCAAAGUUAUGGACAGAGUGAUGAUAGGCGAAGGGCAAAGUUACCCAGCCUCUUGUGUCAGUUGU